AUGUCGGGUCAGACGCUGACAGAUCGCAUCGCAGCUGCUCAGUACAGCGUUACAGGAUCAGCUGUAGCCAGAGCCGUCUGCAAAGCAACCACACAUGAAGUGAUGGGGCCCAAGAAAAAACACCUGGACUAUUUGAUCCAGGCAACCAAUGAGACCAAUGUUAAUAUUCCUCAAAUGGCUGAUACUCUCUUUGAGCGAGCAACAAAUAGUAGCUGGGUGGUGGUGUUCAAAGCCUUAGUUACAACACAUCAUCUAAUGGUUCAUGGCAAUGAGAGAUUUAUUCAGUAUUUGGCAUCUAGAAACACGCUAUUCAAUCUCAGCAAUUUUUUGGACAAAAGUGGAUCACAUGGAUAUGAUAUGUCUACCUUCAUAAGGCGUUACAGUAGAUACUUGAAUGAAAAAGCAUUCUCUUACAGACAAAUGGCAUUUGAUUUUGCAAGAGUGAAGAAAGGAGCUGAAGGUGUAAUGAGAACAAUGGUUCCAGAAAAGCUAUUGAAAAGCAUGCCAAUAUUACAGGAACAAAUUGACGCACUUCUUGAAUUUGAUGUUCAUCCAAAUGAAUUGACAAACGGCGUCAUAAAUGCUGCAUUUAUGCUUCUCUUUAAAGAUCUUAUCAAGCUUUUUGCAUGUUACAAUGAUGGAGUUAUUAACUUACUAGAGAAAUUUUUUGAGAUGAAAAAGGGACAGUGUAAAGAUGCUCUUGAAAUUUACAAACGAUUUCUGACUAGAAUGACUAGAGUAUCUGAAUUUCUUAAAGUUGCAGAGCAAGUUGGAAUUGACAAAGGAGACAUUCCUGAUCUCACACAAGCUCCCAGCAGUCUUAUGGAGACCCUUGAACAACAUCUAAACACGUUGGAAGGGAAAAAACCUGGUAACAGUGAAGGAUCUGGUGCUCCUUCUCCCUUGAGCAAGUCUUCUCCAGCCACAACUGUUACAUCUCCUAAUUCUACCCCAGCAAAAAGUAUUGAUACCUCUCCACCAGUUGAUCUCUUUGCAACUUCAUCUACAGCAGCUCCAGUCAGCACUUCCAAACCAUCCAGUGAUCUUCUAGAUCUUCAGCCAGAUUUCACAUCUACUGGGCAAGCAGCUCCAACUGCUCCAGCAGGAACAACUUCAUGGGGAGACCUCUUGGGAGAGGACAAUCUGGCAGCGCUUUCCAGUGUUACUUCUGAGCCACAGAUUUCAGAUCCAUUUGCUCCAGAGCCUAGCCCAACUACUGCUGCAACUACUGAAAUUGCAACUGCUUCAGCGUCUGCUACAACUACAACAACCAUUACCGCUGUCACUGCUGAAGUGGAUCUCUUUGGAGAUGCCUUUGCAGCUUCUCCUGGAGAAGCCCCUGCGGCACCUGAAGGGGCAGCAGCACCAGCUACCCCAACCCCUGUAGCAGCAGCUCUUGAUGCAUGUUCAGGAAAUGACCCCUUUGCCCCAUCUGAAGGUAGUGCAGAGGCUGCUCCCGAGCUGGACCUCUUUGCUAUGAAGCCAACUGAGACCAGUGUUCCUGUAGUUACCCCUACUAGUGCAGCUACUCCAGCUCCCGCAACUACUCCUUCUCCAGCUGCCACUGCUGCCACUGCUACUGCUGCUACAGCAACAACCACUACCACCACAGCCACCACAUCCGCCACCACCACUACCACCACUUCCGCUCCUCCUGCUCUAGAUAUCUUUGGUGAUUUAUUUGAGUCUGCUCCUGAUGCUCCCGCAGCGCCUAAACCAGAUGCUACUCCUAACAUAGACCUGUUUGGUACAGAUGCUUUUUCAUCUCCACCACAUGGAACUUCUCCUGUGCCUGAGAGUUCUCUCACUGCUGAUCUCUUAUCUGUGGAUGCAUUUGCAGCACCAUCUCCUCUACCCGUUGCCUCUCCAGCAAAAGUGGAUUCUUCAGGUGUGAUUGACCUAUUUGGUGAUGCUUUUGGAAGUAGUGCUUCUGAACCCCAACCUGCAACCCAGACAGCUUCUAGUUCCUCAGCUUCUGCAGACUUACUGGCUGGCUUUGGAGGUUCUUUCAUUGCUCCCUCUCCAUCACCAUCACCAGUUACUCCAGCUCAAGCCACCUUAUUACAGCCCAACUUUGAAGCAGCUUUUGGAACAUCACCAUCAACUGGUGGCAGCUCAUUUGAUCCAUCAGUGUUUGAUGGUUUAGGUGAUCUUCUUAUGCCAACUAUGAUUCCAUCUGGUCAGUCUGUAGCAGCUUCAGCUGCUACAGCUUCAGCAGCAAGCAAAGGCCUUGGAAGUGAUCUUGAUUCAUCUCUUGCAAAUUUAGUAGGCAAUCUUGGAAUUUCUGGCACCAUAUCAAAAAAGGGAGACCUUCAGUGGAAUGCUGGAGAAAAGAAGUUAACGGGAGGAGCUAACUGGCAACCAAAAGUAGCACCUGCAACAUGGUCAACUGGUGUUCCUCCAACUGGUCCCUUGACUGGAACUGUGCCUCCAGCAAGUGCUAUUCCUCCUGCCUCAGGUGUCCCCCCAGUUGCACAGCCAGGAUCAGGAUUUGGAAUGCCUCCUUCUGGACCAAGUGUAUCCAUGAUGCCUCAGCAGCCAGUUAUGUAUGGACAACCUAUGAUGAGGCCACCAUUCGGAGUUGCAUCUGGACCUGGUGCACAACUCUCUCCAAGCCCUACACCUGCCACUCAGAGUCCCAAGAAACCUCCAACAAAGGACCCAUUAGCAGAUCUUAACAUCAAGGAUUUCUUGUAA